AUGGUGCUCUAUGCGGACCGCGGACCGAACGUAGCCGCGGCUGUCAUCACGAUGUUUAUGUUGUCGCUUCGUAUCACUGGGCUAACAUUGUCUUAUAGAUGUAUUGCCUGCGGCUUCACUGGUAUUGGCGCCACAAAUGCAACCCUGGCACUGCCGGAAAACCAAAAGUACCGGGAGAUAGGACUAUUCUGGUUCUUCAUAUUUGAGGUUUUUUACUGCGUCAACAUCAUUCCUGUCAAGCUAUCCAUUAGUCUGGCGCUCAUUCGAAUCGCCGAGAACCGAAAAGGUUAUAUUUACGUGCAAUACGGUAUCAUGACCAUGUUCACCAUUAUGAACAUGAUUGCGGGCUUCUACAUCAUCUUCCAAUGCAAUCCGGUCAGCGCGGCCUGGGAUACAGAUGCCCUACAGGAUGGAGCGAAGUGUAACCCGGCGGAGUACAUGGCGGACAUUUACUAUGCCACAACUGCGGUCAAUAUCUUCACAGAUUGGGCCACUGCUUUUAUGCCUAUCCCGCUGCUCUGGAACGUUCAGCUGAGCCGAAACACCAAGAUUUCUGUUAUAUGCGUGCUGGGCCUAGGCUUCUUUGCCUCCAUAUCGGCCUGUGUCCGGCUCAAAUAUACCGUCAAUCUCACAGCCCAAGAUGACUACCUCUAUGCACUUGCCGAUAUUGUGAUUUGGGGUUAUGCCGAGAACGGCAUGGGACUCAUUGUAGGCUGCACGAUGACACUGCGCCCACUCCUUCGCGAGAUUUUGCACUUGGGCGGCGACACGUCCCACAAACAGAGCAAUGGCACAAGCGGUGGCCGCUACGGUUUCGGCACCAACUACGCGCAGCGCCGCACCAACCAACAUAUUACUAUCGAUGACGACGACGGCGCGCAGCCUAGCGAGAGUAGGGAACAUGUGUCCUCCUCAGACACGUACGGAAACGGCAUAACCUUGACGCAGAUCUCCUGCACAGGGAGAGGACACCAAGAAGAAGACUUCUCCAGCCAUAGCUUCGAUACGGAGAGUCAAAAGAAGAUACUGAUUGGGGAUGAUGAUGGUGCAGCUGGAGGCAUCAUGGUAACCCGAGAUUUCAAGCUGUUCCGCAAUGAUUAG